AUGGUAGCUAUACCAAAUUUUCCAAUUGCUGUUAUCAAUCCUAUUAUGCAUCUUGUCAAUCAGAUGGUUCUGGCAAGGAAGGGACAUUUUGUUCCGAUGAAACAGCAUUCUCCCCUAUCAUUACCUCAUCCGCAACAAAUAUUGGCAUGUGCGAAUGAUCCUGGAGUGCUCUUGAACACAUUUCAGUUGCCGACCGGAUGUUUCACAACACUGGUGUGUUUCAAACCCGGCGGUUUUAAAGCAGGAACAAGUCUCGAGUUGCCUGAUGCAUGGUGGCGUUUUGCCAAGGAAAGUAGUCAUUCGGCGAAUAUUGUACAUUCAAAAGUUGUUGCUGACAUUGCAUGUGGCGCCGAGAUAGUCAUCAGUGGAAUACCCCUAGAAGACAGAAAGUCAGAAGUUGAAGAGCCUCCAGAAACACCAUUAAUUAUUGAUGACACUGCGGAAGAAAACGGUAUUACUUGUUGGGAGCAUCUUCGAGUUCAUUCCGGAGAGCGACCAUACAAAUGUUCGUUCUGCCCAAAAGCGUUCACUGCAUCUUCAAUUCUAAGAACACACGUACGACAACAUAGUGGAGAGAAACCAUUCAAGUGUGCUCACUGCGGAAAAGCAUUCGCUUCACAUGCUGCUCAUGACAGUCAUGUUCGACGAUCCCAUAUUGCUGUAAUUUGA